AGAAUUGUCAUUCCAUUUUCCGAAAAACUCAUUACAAAAUGUUGAACUCGAAAACUUUAUAUUUAUUCGGACUCCUCUGGAGCCUGGGAUUGCUGCAGGCCAGGGCGGAUAUGUCAUUAAAUAACUAUUCAGACCCAGCCUAUCCGGAUCGUUGUGUGAUCGAUGAUGGCAAAUCGGUUAUCCUGCUGAAGGCUGGCGAGGCAUUCCGGCUCAUAAACCUGCCAUGUGUUACAAUCUUUUGCAUCGGCAAUGGCUGGGGCUCACUCUUCACUUGUGAAGAAACCGCCCCACCAAAGGACUGUUAUUUUAGCCAUUAUUUGAAGUGGGAUGCUCACUAUCCUGAUUGCUGCAAGCGGAAAGUUGUAUGUUAUUGAAAUUAUUAGUGAUUUUUGGUAUUCUUUUGUUUCACAAAAUGCAGGAACACGAACAUAAUAAAACGCAGAUUAUGGAAUUAUGCAAAUUCUAGAGAUUAA